AUUUGGAUAAGAAUUUGAGAUGAGUUUUUAAAAAUUCAGCUGGGUGAUCCAUCUGGAUGUAGCAUUAUAAUGCACUAAACGAACAUCAAUUUGCAUUUUCACCCAGAUGGAUCACCUGGGUGAGCAAACGAACAGGGCCUAACUUAAAUCGGAUCAACUCAUUUAAACUAAACCAGAUUAAACCGUAUUUGAUUUCGAAAACUCCGUAUCAACCGAAUUCAAAGAUUGAAUAGGCUUGGCAUUUAACCGAAUUCUAAACUUAAUUCGAGCCCAAAAAAAUCGGAAUCCUGUAGGAAUUUGUUUUUUUUUAUAAUAAAAAAAAGAAACUAUUACACUCAAAGACACUUUUCAUCUUUAAAUUUCACCAUAAGACACUUUCCUCUCCCAACACACUUUCCUCUUGUCUUUACACAUAGAGAGGUAAUGUAAAAUUCCAACGCUAUCCUUUUCUUUUCUAACCAGAAAAUAAAAUAUAAAAAUCAUAAUUUAUAAAACAAUUUUCACAUCUACAAUCAAGAACAAUUGUUUUCUAUCAUCAUCAUCAUCGUUCCUUCUGAGAUUUUAAUAUCAAGAGAGAGAAUAAGAGUUCAAGAAAAAAAAGAGAAAGGAGACCACAAAGUUGCCACACCCUCUGUUGAAUCGUGACCAUCUGCUCACUUCAACCCGCGGCUGAGCUCAAUUCCAACCACCACUCUAUGAUCUCCUCUCGUCGGGAUUGUGCUCCACUGUAAGUCUGUAACACGAACACCGCUGUUGCACCGUCAAGAAGAAUCACCGUCUCACCGAGUUCUCUCCAUCGCAAUCCAUCGCCGCGAGUCUCAGUUCGCUGUUGCAGUUCCUCUCCACCGAAAUCAAAGCCCAGGCCACAUUGAGAGCACUGUCCAAGCCGUCUACUACGUCGCCGUGCUCAGCUCUGCCGGUUUCAUGCUCUCCAUCGCGACUGUCCCGAAGCAGAGAUCGACAAUCCGGGUUACGAGGACGUGAGUGGCCAAUAAGUAAUUACUUAAGCGAUGUUGCCAAUGUUGGCUCCUUUGUAGAGAACCUGAAUCUGCUUUCAUGAUAUCGUGUACAUUUGGAUAUUCAUGAACAAGUGUGCAUGUGGAUUACGUUACAAAUAUGUAUGUGUGAAUUGUGAGAAAUAUGUGUACAUGCGAGCACACGUUUUUGCCUUGCAUAAUUUUAGACAUACAACUGUGUGAAUCCAAUUUGUAAAAGUCUAUAAGUAAGUAAUAUUAAAUUGCGGUAAAAUUAAUAUGUAGGUGUAUGGACAUUUGUGAACCAGUAUACAUAACUAAGUAUACAUAUGGACAUCUAAGAACACUUGGUGUACAUGUGUACAUGUGGAUAUCUACAAAUAAGUGUACAUGUGGACAUCUACAGAUAAGUGUACAUGUGGAUAUCUACAAGUAAGUAAUAUUAAACACUUGGUGUACAAAUAAGUGUACAUGUGGAUAUCUACAAAUAAGUGUACAUAUGAACAAUGCUAACCCUGCCAAUUGAAAUCCUUAAAAUAGAUUCAAGAGUUCAUACAAUCUGAGUUUUAAGACAAAGUAGUCUUUACCCUCUUAGUUUUCAAUACAUGCUCACAAACCCAUAUAUGAUACCAAAAUAAACUGGCUUCUUGACCCACAUAAUAAACAUCACGUUGACGUUGUAGCCACUUUGUCGAUAAGACAUGAGUUAAAGACAUUAAAUUUAUCUGGUUUGAGGUCUCUUCCAUCUGAGAGAGAAAGUUAGAGAGAGAGAGAGAGAGAAAUUUCGGAUCUUGUUUGAGGUCUCCUCCUGCGGCGGUGAUUUCGCCGACCUUCUCUUCUUCGGGUUCGUUAGCUCUAGUCUUGAUUUGACGGGAUUGCUUCAUCGGUGGUUUCAGAGGCUACCCCUUCUUCUCCGAGGUGCUGAGGUGUGGCUAUGGUGUGGAGGUGCGUUUCGAUGCUUCAUGGCUGGUCAGUUAUUCUCUGGUUCUGAGUCCUCUACGACGUUAAUUACUCUCUCACAUCUGAACUCUCGACGCCGGUUCAGAUUUUUUGCGGUGGCUAAAAAGAAAAAAUGAAAGUAAGAUAAAUAUAUUAUAAGUGGCUGAAAACCAAUUAAAGUAAAACUUUUUGAAUUUUGAAAACUAAUUAAAUCUACACACGACAAUGAAGACCUAAUGGUUUUUAGCUAGGGACCAUUAUGUCAUUUUAUCACCAUAAACUACCUCAAGAGUGCAAACUGUCUUACAAUGUAAUAAAAUGUCAAAAACUGUCCUAAAGUGAAAAUCACUCUAAAAAAAAUCCCAAAUGAUUCGUAAUGUUUAGAUACUUUGAUAUUGAGUAUUUUGGAGAUCCUAUUGUAAUCGAAAUCCAAACUAAAAUUUGAAAAUAGUUGAAGAUUUCGACAGUUUUAUACCAGUUUUUUUGGUGUUAUAGUUUGACAAUUUUAUUAACAUAGAUACUUUUCAGUUUUUAAAAGUUUCAAAGAUUUUAUUAGAUACAGUAUAAUGCGAAACUGAACUGAAAAUUUGGAAAAACCAAAUAAAACCUGUGUGCAUGAUAUUGAAAAUCCAGAAAUUUUAAAUUUUGAAUUCCAAGUAGAACCCCGCUCAGGGCUAGAGGAGAAACUAAACCGAAAAUAUCCUCCAGUUACGCUAAACCGAAUCAAUAUCCCAAGCUUAUCUUGAAUAAAUGCGUACACCGAAAGAGGGUUAACGAUUUGGUUUAAUGUCAUUAUUGUAAGUAUAAAUAGUAAGCGACGCGUGCAUUGCGAUUUGCGAUUCGCUCUCUCCAAGAGAAUAUACAAACAAAGUUUUAGGAAACCCUGAGUGUUACGACAGCUAUGGCGGCGGCGAAUGCAGAAGACGGUGUUGCCGGUGACCUAAUCUACGAAAAGUGGGCUCCCACCGCGAAAACAACACUCGUGGAGAAAGGUCUCUGGGAGGUUGUUGAAAACGGCCUCUCUCCCGAUCCUACGAAGAUUCCAGAGUUAGCGGCGACGAUCAAAGUCGCGGAUCUCGCUCACUGGAGAAACCGCGUGAUGAGAGACAUCAAAGCGCUGAAGAUACUGCAAGCCUCUCUCCCGGAUUCGUCUUUCAGGAAGACCAUCGCGGCUGCUUCCGCCAAGGAGCUUUGGGAUUCGCUCGCGAAAGGUAACGAAGAAGCGAAACUCCGCAGGCUAGAGCACCAAUUCGAGGAACUUAGCAUGUGUGAAAAGGAAUCGAUCGUUUCCUACUUCGCUAGGGUCUCGCGGAUCGUCGAAGAGUUGCAGAAAUCUGAUUACGAGGUUGUGAAGAAGGUUUUGGGAUCGCUCUCGGGGUCGUACAAGGAAGCUGCUCCUGUGAUUGAAGAGCUAAUGGAUCUGAAGACGAUGAACCUCGAGAGCCUCGCUGAGUUUUUUCGUAGAUUUGAUGCGAUGCCAGAUGAAUAUGUUCAUCGAGAGAUUAAGCGAAACAGGCUUAAAGCUAUGUUUGGUGUUGGCAAGUGGUGUGACGUGUGCUACAAGGAAGAUCAUAACCUUGAAGAGUGUCAUUCCAUCCCUAAGGAAGGGGACUGGGGUGUUAAACAAGGGAUUUAUGGAAGACACUGCUUCAAACGGGCGGGAACUGAAGCUCAGAAUCAGACAGAACUGGUAGUUGACUACAUAUUGCUAGCGAAGUUGGAGUUGGGUGCCUUCACAUACGAUGAGGAUACGUGGAUGAUAUACGGCCACGCCACGAGCAACAUGACUCCGCAUGAGAAGCUUUUCACCAGUCUAGACAGAACGCAGAAGGCUAAGGUUGGUUUGGUGGACGGGACGGUUAUCGUGGCGGAAGGGAGAGGAGAUGUGAAGAUUGUGAUGAAGGGAGGGAAGAAGAAGACGACGAUCAGGGAUGUGCUUUUUGUUCCACGUGGGAUCAACAGAAACGUGUUGAGUGUUCCUCUGAUGACAUCGAGAGGCUGUUCGUUCAAACCGGGAGAGAGAGGUGAAUGCGUUGUUCGUGAUAAGACGGGAGCUGUGUUUGGGGAUACUACGUGGGAUGAGAGAGGUUUGUCUAUACGUAUGCAGGUGGUUAAACCCAAUAUCUCCUCUUAGCUUGUGUUCACUUUGAAUAAGUAUGGUACAAGGCUUUAUUCUAGUUUUCAGCAACUUUAUUGUAGACAGACACUAUGCAAUGCUUUUGUCAAGUUUAGUUUAUAUUCGAAAAUCUAGUAGCAAAAUAUGAAAUUGAUUUAGUAUAUGAUUACAAACAAAGUUUGAGAAAAUUUUACCGAAAUAUUAGAAAGAUAGAGGGAGAGAGACAUGAAAGAUGGAUUGUUGAAUCAGUAGCGACAGAUCUUGGCUGUCGGCAUUGUGACACAAACUUGAGCGUACUUCUUCUUCGCUGCAUCUGUCCCUCGUUUGGGCUCCUCCUCGUCUGCCAUGGCUGCCUUGGCCAAGGAAAAAACUGCCGCAGCUGCAGCUGUGAACAUGA